UCAUAGCGAUGCAUUCUGUCACACUUCUCUACAAGGAAAUGGGAUUUUUUUUUAACAGUAAUCACGAGUUUGACCAACUGAAACAAGAAGCUGUGGGCGUCAAUAUUUUGUGACUCAAUGGGACAAAACCAUUGGACUACGGUAUUUAAGUCGGCAAACUAAUAAAAGUUUUACUUUGUUUUGGACAAAGAUUUUCUAAUAACUUCCAGUCUGUCAGGCCUCAAUCCUUCGCCAUGAGUGACUGGUCUUACCUGGCCAAACUGCUCAAGAAGGUGCAGGCUCAUUCCACUGUGGUGGGGAAGAUCUGGAUGAGCGUCCUUUUCCUGUUCAGGAUCUUCGUACUCGGGGCAGCUGCAGACAAUGUUUGGGGGGACGAAGUGUCCGAGUUCUACUGUGACUCCAAGGAACCGGGAUGUCAAAACAGCUGCUAUAACUCAAAGUUCCCUAUGUCCUACGUGCAUUACUGGGUCCUGCAGAUCACCUUCGUGUCAACGCCCACCUUGGUGUACCUUGGCCAUGCCGUCCUCAUCAUACACAAGGAGAAGAAAAUGAUAGCACUGGAACAUAGGACAACAAAUGGACAUGUGGUGAACAAACCUAAAUACACAGAUGACAGAGGGAAGGUGAAAAUUAAAGGCAUCUUGUUUUACACGUACAUGACCCAGCUGGUAUUCAAGAUAUUCCUGGAGGUGGCCUUCACAAUUGGUCAGUUAUACGUCUUCGGCCCUCUUAUUCUCGUCUCAAGUUUCCAUUGCAAAAACUGGCCACCUUGUGCUCCAGACGUCGGCUCUAGGUGUUUCAUUUCCCGUCCCACGGAGAAGACCAUCUUCAUUUUUUUCAUGCUUGUAGUUUCAGGUAUCUCUGUACUCCUCAAUAUUGUCGAGAUGGUGUACCUGCUGUGCAACAGAAGGCGAAGCAGAAAGAAACAGCUCGCAGCUUCGCCCCAAGUGUUCGGCGCAACGCCGCCCAUAACCGAGCCUGCGUGGAAUGUCAUGAGCAGCCGGUAUGGAGGCUACCCCCUGUUGCCUGUACAUGCCAAGGUUAACACAUGCAUCGGCAGUGAUGGUGAUCAUAUUCACUCGGAGUAAUAAGGACAAUGACGUGUAUUUCUGGUCUUGUCAUCCCGGUCCGGACAGAAGGGGGACACGACAGUGGGGCUGGAUCAAAAGAGACGUCGGAGACGCUUUACUGAACCAAAAGUUGCUUUAUUACAAGCGAGCAUCAUUACACAGGACUGCAGUACCUGGAGGAGGUCAAGUAAAAAGAAAAAAGUAUAUAUAUAUAGAUAUAUAUCGACCCUAUUUGGCCGUCUGGGAUGUGGGAUAAGAGAACGAGUAAUUGUAAAUAAACA